CCCAUAGCAUUCCUGUUGAAGGCAACAGUUUUAAGAAAGCUAUUUGCAUAACUGCCAGGUCAUUCUUAGCUACAGUAUAAGUGUGUGUGAAGAAGAAGGAUAACAACAACAAGUCAAAGGGUUUGGCUACUUCACCAAAAGAGCAAUGACUAACCAAGAAUGGAUUAGGAUUUUUCAAUCAAAGGUCAAAAAUCUGAAGAGGAAUAAGAGAGACCGCUGGCGUAUCGAGAUGGAUGAUUCCAUUAAGGCAGACAAUGUGAAAUUAGGCUGGCAUCAGUACAUCAGUGGGGCAUUUGGAAGGUUCAAGUGCUCCAAGUGUAACAGAAGUUGGUCCUCUGGCCGGGUGAAUGUGGUGUUUCACAUGCAUCUAUCGUCAGGGCAGGGAAUGGUGAAAGUGCGAUGUUUGCGUCAGGAAUGCAGGCAAUGUGACGGCGCUCUUAUGGAGGAGGCCAGUUUCGAUGAGGAGAAACUCCAAGUCCUACUGGAGAAACUGAUGGAGAAGAUUCGUGUCAAGUGCUACCACGAGAACCUGGGCAAGAGAAACAGACGUGAUUUCGAUGACGAAGACGAUGAAGGUCCCCCCCAUGAGAGUGCCCAUUGCGAAGCCUGCAGUAUGGGCCUUUGCACAAAGCGUUUUAAAGCCCGGUAGAAUAUGGUAGAAAUAGACUGGUAUACGCCCUAAUACACUUUUUAUAAUAUUUCUCUUUGUUUACUUGUCUAUAUCUAGUGGUCAUUGGUACACCCUAAUGUCUGAUUGCUAAAGCUAUUUGUUGAUUAAAUAAAUGCAGUGAGACACUGGUGGAACUGGUGGAAGAUAGGUGUGGCUGCACAGGGCACAAUGAAAGUGGAAUAAGAGCCUCAGCAACGUGAGAUUAGAGAGGUAGAGAAGGUUCCUCAGCUAUGUGAGGUUAGAGAGGUAGAGAAGGUUCCUCAGCUAUGUGAGGUUAGAGAGGUAGAGAAGGUUCCUCAGCUAUGUGAGGUUAGAGAAGUAGAGAAGGUUCCUCAGCUAUGUGGGGUUAGAGAAGUAGAGAAGGUUCCUCAGCUAUGUGAGGUUAGAGAGGUAGAGAAGGUUCCUCAGCUAUGUGAGGUUAGAGAAGUAGAGAAGGUUCCUCUACUAUGUAAGGUUAGAGAAGUAGAGAAGGUUCCUCUACUAUGUGAGGUUAGAGAAGGUUCCUCAACUAUGUAAGGUUAGAGAAGUAGAGAAGGUUCCUCAGCUAUGUGGGGUUAGAGAAGUAGAGAAGGUUCCUCAGCUAUGUGAGGUUAGAGAAGUAGAGAAGGUUCCUCAGCUAUGUGGGGUUAGAGAGGUAGAGAAGGUUCCUCAGCUAUGUAAGGUUAGAGAAGUAGAGAAGGUUCCUCUACUAUGUAAGGUUAGAGAAGGUUCCUCAACUAUGUGGGGUUAGAGAGGUAGAGAAGGUUCCUCAGCUAUGUGAGGUUAGAGAAGUAGAGAAGGUUCCUCAGCUAUGUGGGGUUAGAGAAGUAGAGAAGGUUCCUCAGCUAUGUGGGGUUAGAGAGGUAGAGAAGGUUCCUCAGCUAUGUGGGGUUAGAGAGGUAGAGAAGGUUCCUCAGCUAUGUGGGGUUAGAGAGGUAGAGAAGGUUCCUCUACUUGUGAUUCCUUUGAAGAGGAAAUGGAUUGCCUUUAUUUUGCAGCUGUUCCAGUGUGUGUACAAACAAUGUGUCACGUCCUGACCUUAGUUCCUUUUCUAUGUCUCUAUUUUGGUUUGGUCAGGGCGUGAGUCGGGGUGGGCAUUCUAUGUGUUUUUUCUAUGUUUUCUAUUUCUAUGUGUUUGGCCUGGUGUGGUUCCCAAUCAGAGGCAGCUGUCAAUCGUUGUCUCUGAUUGAGAACCAUACUUAGGUAGCCUUUUCCCACCUGUGUUUUGUGGGUAAUUAUUUUUUCUGUGUGUGUUUGUGUGCACCUCGGGUUGUGUCACGGUCUUUUUUUUCUUCUGUUUACCUGUUUGUUUCUUGGUUGUUUCGGUUUCACUUUCAUUAAAAGAUGUGGAACUACAUGCACGCUGCGCCUUGGUUGAUUUAUGACAGGGAGUUUGACGAUAGCGAGCGUGACACAAAGCUUUAUUACUGUCAUUGAAUUAUUCUGCUGGUACACCAACAAUACUGUUUGGGUCUGUGUAUUUCCUGUCUUACUCCACAGUGUGUCUAUUUGUAAUUGUAAUCCAAUCUAAUGAAGGCGAAACGAGUUUUAUUGCACAAGACAUUUGUUGAUGAUGGGGUGUGAUAUUAGGCGUGAACUACUACAAGACACAGCAUGUCACUCUUGUAUUCUUACGUGGAAAUGUAUUACCCAUAACCAAAAUAAACACACCACAUAUCCUCUU